CUCUGUGUGUCUCUGUGUCUCUCUGUGUGUGUAUCUCUCUGUGUGUGUAUCUCUCUGUGUGUCUCUGUCUCUCUCUGUGUGUGUGUCUCUGUGUGUGUGUCUCUCUCUCUCUCUCUCUGUGUCUCUGUGUGUCUCUCUCUCCGUGUGUGUCUCUGUGUGUGUCUCUGUCUCUCUCUGUGUCUCUGUGUGUGUGUCUCUCUCUCUCUGUGUGUCUCUGUGUGUGUCUCUCUCUCUCUCUGUCUCUCUCUCUCUCUCUGUCUCUCUCUCUCUCUCUCUCUCUCUCUCUCUGUGUGUGUGUGUGUGUGUGUCUCUCUCUGUCUCUCUCUCUCUAUGUCAGAGGCGGGACUCAGCUGUUCGGUCUUUCCCUCAGGCAGUAUGUCACCGGAGUGGAAAACUUCCAUGCGGUUAUGAGUGUCCUGGCCGGACAGUGCACGGGACAGUGUACGACACAGCGCUAACACUGUUAAGAUGUUAUGCAGAUUAAUGCUGGCAGCCAUCAGUUGUGACUGAGGGAACGUUUCUGCUGUGUGGGUUCCUGAUGCUGCAUGACCCCAAACUACAUGAUGACCGCUGAAGUGUGACACAGCAGUAGAUGGCGGCUACACAGAGUUUCCUCCGGGCCCAGGCGGACACUGACCUGCAGUCCAUGCAGGUGGGCUCUCUGAUGCGGAAGGUGAAGUCACGCACCUGGAAGAAGCAGCGCUAUUUCCGCCUGCAGGACGACUGCACCACCAUCUGGUACAAGAGCAAAAAGGCGGGCAAUGCCCAGUCCACGUUCUCCAUCAGUGAUGUAGAGGCUGUUCGAGAGGGUCACCAGUCUGAAGUUCUGCUCAGCAUCGCAGAUGAGUUCCCACCUGAUCGUUGUUUCACGCUGGUGUUUCGCGGUCGCCGUGGCAACCUGGACCUGGUGGCUGAGUCGGCAGAGGAGGCACAGUCAUGGGUGAACGGAGUACGCAAACUCAUCAAAAACCUGGAGAAUAUGGACCAGAGGGAAAAGUUGGACCAGUGGAUCUGUGACUGGUUCAAGAAGGCGGAUAAGAACGGAGAUGGCAGGAUGAACUUUAAGGAGGUCAGAGACUUGCUGAAGAUGAUGAACGUGGACAUGAACGAGCACCACGCACUGCGCCUCUUUAUGAUGGCGGAUAAGUCAGAGUCGGGCACUCUGGAAGACGAUGAGUUUGUGCUGUUCUAUAAGAUGCUGACGCAGAGGGAGGAGGUCCUCACCAUCUUCCGGGAUUUCUCCACAGACGGACAGACGCUCUCGGUGCAGGAACUGGAGGAGUUCCUGCAGGAGGGGCAACUGGAGCAGGGCGACACACAGCGGCACGCCAUUGAGCUCAUCCAGCGCUAUGAACCCUCUGAAGCAGCGAAACAACGUCAGGCGAUGACUAUUGACGGCUUUCUGAUGUAUCUCGGCUCGUCCGAAGGCUCAGUCUUUAACCCGGCCAUGCAGCAGCUCUACCAGGACAUGAGCCAGCCGCUGUGCCACUACUUCAUCUCCUCCUCCCACAACACCUACCUGCUGGAGGACCAGCUACGGGGACACAGCAGUGUUGAGGGAUACAUCAGGGCUCUGAAACGUGGCUGUCGCUGUGUGGAAGUGGACUGUUGGGACGGUCAGAAUGGAGAACCGAUCGUUUACCACGGACACACUUUGACCUCCAAGAUUCUCUUCAAAGACGUCAUCACUGUCCUGGGCAACUAUGCUUUCAUAGCGUCUGAGUACCCAGUAAUCCUUUCCAUCGAGAACCACUGCAAUGUGGAGCAGCAGAGAGUCAUGGCUCGUCAUCUCACACACAUCCUGGGAGAGAAACUGCUGAGGAACACCCUGCGAGGCAAAACCAGCUGUGAUUUGCCUUCACCUGAGGACCUGAAGGGGAAGAUCCUGUUGAAGGGGAAGAAGAUUGGAGGUCUGGAAGGGAACCUGAGCGGCGUUGUGGAAGAUGCUCUUGGGGCGGACGUGAGCGAGGAAGACGACCCGGUGGAAAUUGAAGAAGAGAAUCGUCACAACGACAGCAUGCGCCGCAAAACCAAGAAAUCAGGGCAGCAUUUGUCUAAAGAGCUGUCGGACUGUGUGGUGUACUGCAGGAGCGUGCGCUUCAACGGCUUCAAACACUCACGUGUCCACUCCAGGUUCUACGAAGUGUCGUCCUUCACCGAGUCUAAAGCCAGGAAACACAUGAAGGAAGGAGGAGCCGAGUUUGUGCUUCAUAACGCACGUCAGCUGACCCGUAUUUACCCCAGCGGCCUGAGGACCGACUCCUCUAACUUUAACCCACAGGAGAUGUGGAACGCAGGGUGCCAAAUCGUGGCUCUGAAUUUCCAGACGGCCGGUGUAGAGAUGGAUCUGAAUGACGGUCUGUUCAGUCAGAACGCUCGCUGCGGUUAUGUGCUCAAGCCGCUGUUCAUGCGACACACAGAGAACCGGUUCGACCCGGAACACCCUCAGAACCGAGACGGGUACACACCACUCACUCUCACCAUACAGGUGAUCAGCGGUCAGCAGCUGCCCAAAGUGAACCAAAAGGAAGGCUCCAUCAUUGACCCGUUGGUGCGAGUGGAGAUUCACGGAGUCCCUCAGGAUCAUGCAAAACAGGAGACACGGCACAUCGAAAACAAUGGUUUUAACCCCGUAUGGAACGACACGCUGAACUUCACCGUUCAUGUACCUGAACUGGCCCUGGUGCGCUUCAUGGUGGAGGAUUACGACAAAACAUCAAAGAACGACUUUGUAGGACAAUACACACUGCCUUUCUCCUGUAUACAGCAAGGUUAUCGUCACAUUCACCUCCUGUCCAAGGACGGCACCAGCAUCCCUCCAUCCUCACUCUUCGUUCACAUCAGGAUUAAAGACGCUAUUUAACACCUGAUCAGAGCAGAAACACAGUCUCAGCAGGAUGGAAACACACACACACACACACACACACACACACACACACACACACACACACACACACACACACACACACUCCAAGUCUUCCCACUCAUCCGACAUCAUGGUUUCCACACAUAACUACAGCAGGUGCUUUAUAAUAAUAAUUUUUUUUUAGUUAAAACUGUAUUUUAUUGUCUAGCUUUAUGUUCCAUAGAUGUUAGUGCGCCAAAACUUUUUUAUCCCUCGUACAUUCAGGAGACUGUGUGGAAAAAAUAUUCAGUGUUGAUGAUUCUACAGCACUGUGUAGUGUGUGGUCUAAUUUAUGUUUUGUUUUUUAAGAUCUAAAGUGCGAUGCGCAACAUUUUUACAUUUUAGUUCAAAGCUACAAGGUCACAUGACUUGCUACUAGCUGUAUCUGGACCAACUGGUAUGUCCUGGUGGUUACGUGACGAAAACGUACAUCAUCCAUUUGAAGAAACAAAAAGAAAACCUUCUUACACCUUGAUAGCCGUUUUUAUAUUUUGAGCUACAGUGAAAUGAUACACUGAUUAAUAAAUGUCCUGAGAACAAUGUUGCUAGGCAACAGGGGAAUAUGGGACCCCAAGCAGAAGCUGAUCUAUCAUAAAAUGAUCAGUCUACUUAUCACGUAGUUGUUAAGUCUUUUAUACAGACAGUAGCAACAGAAAUGUUAGUAAUAUCAGAAUUUCCUUCAAUUUUCAAUUCUUCUUCUUCUUCUGGCUGCUCCCGAUUAGGGGUCGCCACAGCGGAUCUUUCGUCUCCAUUGCUCCCUGUCUUCCACAUCCUUCUCUACCACACCUGCCACUUUCAUGUCCUCUCUCACCACAUCCAUGUAUUUCCUCUUUGGCCUUCCUCGUUUUCGUUUGCCUGGCAGCUCCAUCCUCAACAUUCUCCUUCCCACAUGCUCUGCAUCUCUUCUCAGGAUGUGCCCGUACCAUCUCAGUCUCAUCUCUCUUAGCUUCAUUCCCAAGCUCUCCACAUGUGCCGUCCCUCUGAUGUGCUCGUUCCUUAUCCUGUCCAAACCUUAACAUCCUCAACUCCGCCACCUCCAACUUUGCCUCCUGUCUCUUCGUUAAGGGUACGGUCUCCAAUCCGUACAUCACAGCUGGUCUCACUACUGUCUUAUACAUCUGACCUUUCACUUUUGCUGGGACUUUCCGAUCACAAAUGACUCCCGAAAUCCUUCUCCGACUGCUCCACCCUGCCUGCACUCUCUUUCUCACCUCACUAUCGCAGCCCCCAUUUUCCUGCACAGGUGACCCCAGGUACUUGAAUUUCAAUUUUCAAUUACUGACAAAAAUAUUACGUAGUGAUAACACUUAGCAUACAGCAUUUACCACCAUUUUGAGAAACAUCAUGAAAUGUUGUGUUUGUUCUUCUCAGUGACACAUGACCAUGUCUGGACAUUCUAACACAUCCUGUAUCCUUUCCUAAUAUUACUUUUAAUAAUAAUUCAUCAUCAGAGAAUCCCUCAUGCAAUAUUUUCCUGAUCUUAUUCAUUAGAUACGUGCUAAUAUUAAAUUCUACACGAUAUCAUGAUAUUACAAAGUGCUGCCAGUAGGUUUCAUUCUUGAGUAGGUGACUUUUUUUUCCCCCUUAGAUAUAAAAUUCCAUCCAUCCAUUAUCUGUAGCCGCUUUAUCCUGUUCUACAGGGUUGCAGGCAAGCUGGAGCCUAUCCUAUCCCAGCUGACUAUGGGCGAAAGGCGGAGUACACCCUGGACAAGUCGCCAGGUCAUCACAGGGUUGACACAUAGACACAGACAACCAUUCACACUCACAUUCACACCUACGCUCAAUUUAGAGUCACCAGUUAACCUAACCUGCAUGUCUUUGGACUGUGGGGGAAACCAGAGGACACGGACACGGGGACCACAUGCAAACUCCACACAGAAAGGCCCCUGUCGGCCACUGGGCUCAAACCCAGGAUCUUCUUGCUGUGAGGUGACAGUGCUAACCACUACACCACCGUGCCGCCCCGAUAUAAAAUUCCGUUUUCUAAUAUUUCGUAUUUUUUGACACAUUUGGAUUCAUUCUAAUUGAAUAUGAUGUUAAUUAUACUAAACCUAAACCAUGAUAAAAGAUUUAGAAAAGUAGAAUAUAUGAAUGAUAGAUGAUAUCAGAACAUUGAUAAGGGCUGUUAUAGGAAUGUUUUGUCAUUUCUGCUCUGAUUUUGUAUCCUCACACUGCUGGUCAAUAGUAUUAUUUUUAUACAUUGUGCUGUUAUAGUGGUUUAUGAUGAAAAGUUGUAAAGGAAUUGUUCAUCUGCUGUUUGUACACACGUGACUCCAUGCGUUCAUGUGAUCAUUGCCACACGCAGCUGAGAAUAAAGACCAUUUUGAGUAUC